UAUCAGUUGGCUGCUGAUGGUUUUUCCUUUCAUUCCUCUUGGUUCGCAACAAAACAUUGUUCCGUGUUUUUUUGAAUUUUACUAGUAAUAUCUUCCAUAUUCUCUUCAAAAUCUGCACUAAAUUCAACAAUAGUAUGCGCGUGUGCUAAGGUGUAAAAAAAUCCGGUCCGGUGAGCAGUGUGAGUUGACAAAUUCAGCAAUUUUCGAGACAGCUUGGUGGCUCCUCUACAAAGAUCGUGUCAGACAGAAAUGGCUCGAGAAUACGAUCAUUUAUUCAAACUUCUCAUUAUCGGUGAUAGUGGUGUUGGCAAAUCUUCGCUCUUAAUUCGUUUCUCAGACAACACAUUCUCCGGCAGUUACAUAACAACUAUAGGUGUCGAUUUCAAAAUACGAACCGUCGUAAUCAAUGGAGAGCGCGUAAAAUUGCAAAUUUGGGAUACAGCAGGACAGGAACGGUUUAGAACUAUAACAAACACUUAUUACCGUGGAACUCACGGUGUUAUUGUGGUGUAUGAUGUCACCAAUGGCGAAUCGUUUGCCAAUGUAAAACGAUGGUUACAAGAAAUCGAAUCUAAUUGUGACGUAGUGAACAAAGUACUAGUCGGAAAUAAAAACGAUGACCCCGGCCGGAAAGUUGUAAUUACCGAAGACGCACAACGUUUCGCCAACCAGAUGGAUAUUCAGCUUUUCGAAACCUCAGCCAAAGACAAUAUAAAUGUAGAAGAAAUGUUCUUAGCCAUCACCGAACAAGUUUUGAGGCAUAAAAAGCAAACUCAAAAACAGGUUCAGUCGGAUCAAAACAAUGACACCGUUCAUCUGCGUAAAGGAGCCAACAUAAAGAAAAAGAACAAAUGUUGCUAGUACUAUCGCGCAUUGAUAGGUGUGAGCAUGCAAAUAUAGCAUCUAGUAAACGAAGGAACGAGAGCUAAACGCAUACAAUACACUGUGUAAUUAUAUAAAUGCUACCUAAUAUAUUUAUACUGAUUACGAUAUGAAAUACUGUAGCAAAUAGACGCCAAUUUUUAA